AUGGUUUGUGUUCUUGCAAUACGUGAUGGCCGGCUUACGUGCAAAAAUCCAGAACGCGACCUGCACCCCGACUGGAAUAGGGCUGUGACUCCUUUUCUUACGCCAGCCGAACACCUUGCACAGAUCAAGCAAAAGGAUCCCGCUUUUGCUUCUACAGAAAGCGUUCAAACAGCUUUGCGACUUGCAAGAAAGGUGGAGAAAGGUACUGCGCAGCUCAGAGGGCUCAAAGGUUAUGUCGAACCUCGAAUCGACUACUGCUCAGGGGCUGCCCAUUUCAAGCCCAUUCGAAAUGGCCUGAUUACUUACCCGUCGUGGGAGCGCCAGGACUUUCAAAUACUCUUGAAGAUGUGGUGUGUAGACAGUCCCCGACACCGUCACUCUCGAGCCGCCUACGCAUUCAACCCGGACGGCACGCCAACAUCCGAAUAUGAGAAAGCUCUGACAGUCUAUGCGGAGCAACGUAAAGACGUGGUCGCAGCUCACAGCGAUGAGUACGUCUUGAAGACCGGCGGCGAGACAGCUCGCAAUCCUUUGCACCCUACAACUGGCCCUGCGAGGAGCGAGGGUGCACAGAAGCAGCAGUCCAGCUCGCAGAUACAAGAUGAUGAGAAAGAGGACCAGGAGGAGGAAGAGGAAGAGGAAGAGGAGGGAGAAGAGAAUGAAAAGGAGAACGAUGAAGAAGACACAGACGAAGAUGAGAAAGAGGGAGAUGAUUGGCAGAGCCGAUGCCGACGGUUGGAAAGGCGAGCCAAAUUCAAUGAGGUUUGCAAGCGUCGUAGAGAGGACACUCAACGUAGACGAGGCCUCAGUCCCGAUCCGCAGCGAACAGUUCCAGAAGGCAAGAGAAGGAAACGUAAAGGCAGAAUUUGA